GCGAGGGGGGCAACGGCGGCGGCAACGGCGGCGACGGCGGUGGCGGUGGCGACCUCGGCGGAGAGGGUGGUAAGGGCGGCGGCGAGGGCGGCGAGGGCGGCGAGGGCGGCGGCGGCGGCGAGGGCGGCGGAGAGGGUGGCGACGGCGGCGACGGCGGCGACGGAGGCGGCGAGGGCGGCGAAGGCGGAGGCGACGGCGACGGCGGCGGAGAGGGCGGUGGCGGCGGUGGCGGCGGCGGCGGUGGCGACGGGGGCGGAGAGGGCGGCGACGGAGGCGAGGGGGGCAACGGCGGCGGCAACGGCGGCGACGGCGGUGGCGGCGGCGACCUCGGCGGAGAGGGUGGUAAGGGCGGCGGCGAGGGCGGAGAGGGCAGGGAGGGCGGCGACGGCGGCGACGGAGGCGACGGCGGCGAGGGAAGCGGAGAGGGUGGCGGAGAGGGUGGGGACGGCGGCGACGGAGGCGACGGAGGCGGCGAGGGCGGCGAAGGCGGAGGCGGAAGCGACGGCGGCGGUGGUGACGGCGGCGGCGGUGGCGGCGGCGUGGGUGGCGAGGGGGGCGGAGAGGGUGGCGACGGAGGCGAGGGUGGCAACGGUGGCGGCAGCGGCGGCGACGGCGGUGGCGGCGGCGACCUCGGCGGAGAGGGUGGUAAGGGCGGCGGCGAGGGCGGAGAGGGCGGCGAGGGCGGCGGCGGCGGCGAGGGCGGCGGAGAGGGUGGCGACGGCGGCGACGGCGGCGACGGAGGCGGCGACGGCGGCGAAGGCGGAGGCGACGGCGACGGCGGCGGAGAGGGCGGUGGCGGCGGUGGCGGCGGCGGCGGUGGCGACGGGGGCGGAGAGGGCGGCGACGGAGGCGAGGGUGGCAACGGCGGCGGCAACGGCGGCGACGGCGGUGGCGGCGGCGACCUCGGCGGAGAGGGUGGUAAGGGCGGCGGCGAGGGCGGAGAGGGCAGGGAGGGCGGCGACGGCGGCGACGGAGGCGACGGCGGCGAGGGAAGCGGAGAGGGUGGCGGAGAGGGUGGGGACGGCGGCGACGGAGGCGACGGAGGCGGCGAGGGCGGCGAAGGCGGAGGCGGAAGCGACGGCGGCGGUGGUAGCGGCGGCGGUGGUGAUGGCGGCGGCGGUGGCGAGGGGGGCGGCGAGGGCGGCGACGGAGGCGAGGGGGGCAACGGCGGCGGCAACGGCGGCGACGGCGGUGGCGGUGGCGACCUCGGCGGAGAGGGUGGUAAGGGCGGCGGCGAGGGCGGCGAGGGCGGCGAGGGCGGCGGCGGCGGCGAGGGCGGCGGAGAGGGUGGCGACGGCGGCGACGGCGGCGACGGAGGCGGCGAGGGCGGCGAAGGCGGAGGCGACGGCGACGGCGGCGGAGAGGGCGGUGGCGGCGGUGGCGGCGGCGGCGGUGGCGACGGGGGCGGAGAGGGCGGCGACGGAGGCGAGGGUGGCAACGGCGGCGGCAACGGCGGCGACGGCGGUGGCGGCGGCGACCUCGGCGGAGAGGGUGGUAAGGGCGGCGGCGAGGGCGGAGAGGGCAGGGAGGGCGGCGACGGCAGCGACGGAGGCGACGGCGGCGAGGGAAGCGGAGAGGGUGGCGGAGAGGGUGGGGACGGCGGCGACGGAGGCGACGGAGGCGGCGAGGGCGGCGAAGGCGGAGGCGGAAGCGACGGCGGCGGUGGUGACGGCGGCGGCGGUGGCGGCGGCGUGGGUGGCGAGGGGGGCGGAGAGGGUGGCGACGGAGGCGAGGGUGGCAACGGUGGCGGCAGCGGCGGCGACGGCGGUGGCGGCGGCGACCUCGGCGGAGAGGGUGGUAAAGGCGGCGGCGAGGGCGGAGAGGGCAGGGAGGGCGGCGGCGGCGGCGAGGGCGGCGGAGAGGGUGGCGACGGCGGCGACGGCGGCGACGGAGGCGGCGACGGCGGCGAAGGCGGAGGCGACGGCGACGGCGGCGGAGAGGGCGGUGGCGGCGGUGGCGGCGGCGGCGGUGGCGACGGGGGCGGAGAGGGCGGCGACGGAGGCGAGGGUGGCAACGGCGGCGGCAGCGGCGGCGACGGCGGUGGCGGCGGCGACCUCGGCGGAGAGGGUGGUAAGGGCGGCGGCGAGGGCGGAGAGGGCAGGGAGGGCGGCGACGGCGGCGACGGAGGCGACGGCGGCGAGGGAAGCGGAGAGGGUGGCGGAGAGGGUGGGGACGGUGGCGACGGAGGCGACGGAGGCGGCAAGGGCGGCGAAGGCGGAGGCGGAAGCGACGGCGGCGGUGGUGACGGCGGCGGCGGUGGCGGCGGCGUGGGUGGCGAGGGGGGCGGAGAGGGUGGCGACGGAGGCGAGGGGGGCAACGGCGGCGGCAACGGCGGCGACGGCGGUGGCGGCGGCGACCUCGGCGGAGAGGGUGGUAAGGGCGGCGGCGAGGGCGGAGAGGGCGGCGAGGGCGGCGGCGGCGGCGAGGGCAGCGGAGAGGGUGGCGACGGCGGCGACGGCGGCGACGGAGGCGGCGAGGGCGGCGAAGGCGGAGGCGACGGCGACGGCGGCGGAGAGGGCGGUGGCGGCGGUGGCGGCGGCGGCGGUGGCGACGGGGGCGGAGAGGGCGGCGACGGAGGCGAGGGUGGCAACGGCGGCGGCAACGGCGGCGACGGCGGUGGCGGCGGCGACCUCGGCGGAGAGGGUG